AUGGCAAUUAUAUCCACAAGCAUAUCAUUUCUAAUCAUCACCUCCAUCAUUCUACCACUGUUUGCCUAUGUGAUUGGCAUACUCAUCCCAGCAAGCCAUAUCGUAUCUCGAUCGGUAAAUCUCAAGUUGCCGUCCAAGAGGCUUUGGGACAUUCUUAUUGAUGUAUCAAAAUAUCCUGAAUGGCAGCCCAAAGUUGAGAAAGUUACUGUGCAAGAGGAAAAAGACCAGCAAACAGUCUUUGUGGAGCAUUCUACUCGCAAACGACAUACCGUCAUCAUUCACCAUCAAAGAGCACCCUACAGGUGCUUGCUAAGGAUCUUGGAGGAAAGAACUAGCAUCGAUGGACAGAAAAAGAUACCUACGUUCUCUGGCUCUUGGACGUUUGAAAUCAUCCAAGAUAAAGAAACCGAGGAUCAAGUGACACUGAAAAUAACAGAGCAAGGCGUUAUAAGGAAGCCAAUUGUUCGUGUUACCCAUUUGCUGCUAUUUGGAUUUCAUCGCAGAAUAGAUAGAUUCAUCAAUGAUUUGCAAGCAUUGAUUGCAAAGGAGGAGGGCAAGUAUUCUAGCGAAAACCAGGGUCAAGAAAAAGCACAGCAGCAAGAUGAGCCCUCAAACAUCAUCAGCCACAGUGAGCAGCAAGGGGAGGACACACCUACUGUGACCGAGAAGGUGUUGGUUGAGGAUCAGGAGUCGUAUCAUUCAACAGUGUUACCAAAUGAGCAGGAUACAGCCGCCAGCCAUAACCUCGUAUCGUUCGAUGAAGAUUUACCAAAAAACGAUAGCACACAAGCAACAGCAGACGGUUCACUUGAUCAGCAGGUAGCGACAAAUGACACAUUGAUGACCGAGUCAAAGCUGGUCAAUGGGUGGGAUAUGGUGAGCGAGAUAUACGAGCGUCCGUCAAAGAAGUCGGCAUAA